GCCCAACAACACGUCUAGCCGUAGUCUUUACAAAUCGGUAAGUGGUCACAUUCAUUUUUCAUGUGUUCUAGGUCGCUUUUUAUUUUUUUUUUAAUAAAGACUGUAUAGAAAGUGACACACCAUCAAUAAGUAUAUUAGGAAUUAAAAACUGAGCAUUUUACAAAUAGAAUAUUGAUGGGAAUAUUUACGAAAAAUCAUUUUUUUUACUAAGAGCUUCCUCUUCCAUAUGCUGAUUAUCUUCUCUUUUAUGAGUUAGGGCCCCUUGUUUCAUUUAGCUCUCAAAGGCAAGUGUAUUAAAUGUGGAUAUUUGACCUAAGAAAAUCUCAUUAAAAAUAAACACUUGAAGUUGUCUAUUUGUUUUACAUCAUAUCCGAGACGUAGCAUGCCAUGAGUCGCAAUUAUAAACUACAACAAGGUGAAUAGGCUGACCUGUAAGCCUCCACAGUCCUCUAAACAAUUGAUAAACAUUAACAAUCCAUCCUAAAUGUGCUCUAAAUUGUUUUAAAUAUUAUAUUAAAGAUUAAACACUUUCAUAUCCCCCUUUUUAUGGUACAGACGUACGAAAUCUCUCUCCACAUACACACAAGCGUACAUGCACCUACAUUAGCCAUCCUGCGCAUUUGGUGAAAAUUAGCUAUUCAUUUCAUCAACAUUCUCAUACACCUUUUUGGAAAUUUGUAUCUUAGUCCAUAAUUGACUUGGACAGAACAAACAAAGAGAGUGGCUUAUAAUUACAAGGGCCUCUGCAUGCCGAUAGCGUUGUCCUCUGGAAAUAGAUUAAAAAGGGAAAAGAAAUAUUUCUACGCCGUUCUGACUGAAUAAUAUAAUUUCCAACUUUAGUUGCCUUUCAAUAUGAAACACACAAAAAUCUAUUUUUCUAAAUGAAAUACAGAAAGAAUUUGUUGAAAUAAAUUUCUGACUAUCAGUAAGGCAAUAACACAUUCAUCUUUGACUCUUUCAGAAAAUGUACAAAACUGUGCUCGCCGUUCUUUGCCUGGUCGCUCUCGCUAGCGCCACCGGAUACGGAGGUGGAUACGGUUAUGGCGGUGGAUACGGUGGAUACGGUGGAGGCUACGGUGGCGGAUACGGUGGUGGAUACGGCGGCGUCGGCCUGAUUGGACUCGGUCUCGGUGGACGUGGUGGAUACGGAGGAGGCUACGGUGGACUCGGAGGCUUCGGUGGACUCGGCGGAGGCUUCGGUGGACUCGGAGGAGGUUGGGGUCUUGGAGGCGGAUGGGGCCAUGGUGGUGGUUACGGUUAUGGAGGCGGCGUCGGAAAAGCUGUUGUCAUCCCAGUUGGAGGUUACGGCUACGGUAUGUUCAGAGAUAUUAUCCCGUUUACGUUUUUUGCAAUUCGUGCGCUAUUGCAUAUUUCAUUAUAGAGUGUCCGAGAUCUUCAUUUUAUAAUUUUCACACCUUUUUAUUUAAAUGCUUCAGCUACAUAUUUAGGAAGCAUUGGUCUAAAAGCGUUGUAAGUGUACACUAUUUAUGAAGUUGUACAUCUUAAAAACAUCUUGAACUUUAAUGCAACAAGUUAAAUCAAUUUGUUAUCUCCGUCAGUAUACAUCUUUUGUUUUUCUUCUCCAACAGGCAAGGGAAACAACUACUACUAAGAAGAGAAAUUCUUUCUUCCUUGUACCGGAAGUUGUAAAGCACAACACUGACAUCAGUCUGUUAUGCGUUUUUUUUUUUUUUUUGACGC